AGAUGUGGCAACGCCACUUAGGGCACGCCAUAUUUUGCAGGAACGAAAAUUCGCGUUGUGUACUGGCAAAUACUAAAAAAUCAAUAAGAAUUGCUGAUAAAAUUGUUUAAAAUCAGUGUGAAUCGCGAGUGACCUUUGAUUGGACCGUAGGCUAAGGGGUUGAUGCAUUCGCAGCUGUUUCUUAACGUCACAAGCGCGACAACGACGUAGAAAAGAAGAAGAACAUCAACUUCGGUUAGCCAGUUAAACGCAUUAUUAAUUAUUAACAAUGAAGGAACUGGCAAAUGCCAGCAAAAGUCAGUCGCAAGCCUCAGAGGUCAGAGGCUCGAUUAUAACCUACAGUCCCAGCAAAUUUCUGACUCGCGUUGGAGCAGGCAGAACGACAUACAGCACACAUACACACACAUCCGCAGCAACGUCGGCGCCGACGACCGCAACAAAAACAAACAAUUCACCAAUGGGCGGAUCCAGUGCCACUUAUUAUGUGGUAAAGGCCGGCUCCCUGGGCAGCGCUGCAUCCAUGUCGGGCUCCAUCAAAGUCAGUUCUCCACCAAAGGCGCCACCGAUGAUUAAGUCACCCGCCCUGGUCGUUACAUCGCCCUGCACGCCAACAGAGAGUUCCAGUACCAUUUCAGCGCCUAGUGAAUACUCAUUUAGCGAGAAAAUGGAGCACAGCUAUAUGCGAGAUACGCCAGUUCGCAGCGAUGUUCACAACGGCCUCACGCCCGCAAGGAACAUCCUGGUCCGUCAUCCCCCACAGUGUCCCAGUUGCCAUACAUAUCCGCAGCAGGAGGAACUGUCUGAGAUGCAGCAGGCACAUGUGCCGCCCUACGAUGAGAUAGCCGCCAAGGAGGCAAUGAAUGAAUGCGCUCGCAUUGCAAAAUACGUAAAGAACAACAAUUCAGAUGAACAAGAUUGGGUGGCGCGCGUUAAUAAAUUUAAUUGGACGCCCACGCAGGAGAUGGUUUUCGAAAAAGUUUGCUCAAUCCUGGACCAGGAUCAGUUGGCACGCUUGGCCAACGACAAACGCCAGCACGAACCUAUUCACCGUCGCAUAAGCUCGGACAAAUCCGCGGCCAGGUUUCGCAAACUUUUGGCCAGCGUGGCUUGGGAGUCACGCAUUACGCAGUGGAUUCAUGCUCUGCUCAUGGAGCACUUGUCUCCUUCGUAUAUGGCCUCCUAUCUGGAUAUUAUGCAGACGCUGAAGACCAAGUUGCCCACUUUAGUGGACAAGAUGCUGUUUGGAAGGCCGUUGAAUAAUAGUCAAGAGCUACUGGCACCGGUGAUGAAAAAACGCUGGGAACCAAAUAUCCUACACAAGGCUCGUCAGCUUACGCAUAACGCCAUCAUGGUGGUGCUGCCCACAAUGCCGACCAGUGGAACCACGUCAGACCGCAUGCAGAAAUGGUCCCAGUCAUUGGGCACUAUCACCCAGGUGGUUCAGAUUUCUCUGCCGAAUACAAACAACCGAAUUGGCAAUCAGAAUCUAGACCAGGUGUCCGAAACCAUUGUAUCGCUCACACGCGUCAAAAUCAACGAAUUGCGCACAGACAACCCCAGCCGUGGCAUCAUACUUGUUGGAUUUAAUGCUGGUGCUGCCUUGGCUCUACAGGUUGCUCUUUCGGAGAGUGUUGCCUGUGUGGUGUGCUUGGGAUUUGCUUACAACACAAUGCGUGGGCCACGAGGAACCCCCGAUGAUCGCAUGUUGGACAUAAAAGCGCCGAUACUAUUUGUCAUCGGUCAAAAUUCGGCACGCACAAGUCAGGAAGAAAUGGAAGGGUUGCGCGAACGAAUGCAGUCCGAAUCCUCGCUGGUGGUAGUGGGGAGUGCAGAUGAUGCACUGCGUGUUCCUAAGAGCAAGCGCCGAAUAGAAGGCGUUACACAGUCCAUGGUUGAUUAUAUGGUUGUCGAGGAAGUCUUUGAGUUUGUGAACAGAACGCUAAGCAAUCCACCUGGACCGCGCAUGCCCACAUCUUUAAUGCAUCAACAGGGCUACCAGCGACAGCAAAAGCAGUCAGGUCACAUCCUGGCCGAUGGAAACGCAAACAAAGCUGUUCAGCAGAUGCGUAAACGAAAGAUGGACGGUACUUUAGACGACUCAAUGGGCCAGCCGUCCAAAUCAAAGUUUGUCCCUCACAUUGGAAGACCCCGAACACGCCCCCUCCCCAAUGUCGGUGGCUCGGCACGCUCUGUUAGACAAAAAGGUGCACCUCAUCCAGACAAACCGAAACUGAGCAGUGAAGAACUAAACCAAUCCAUUGAAUUCAUACUAGAUGAUGCCCUGGACUAUGAAGAUGGCCAAACCACUGCAGUUGGAACAUCAGGCGUACCAAAGGUGAUAACUCCCGGUGUUUUGGGAAAGCAACUGCCGCCCGUUAAUCUCGCAGCUGGCACCAAGAUAAAGAUGAUCCCAUCCAGCCAGUUUGUACAAAUCAAAUCGCUACCGACACAGGGCAAACUCAUCAACUACACGUUAAACAAACCAAGUGCCGGGACAACCAGCACCGCCACCAUAGGCAGCAUUGUAAAGACCCUACCAGGCUCAUCCGCUGGUGGCCAGCAGAUCUUCACUCUAAAAACGCCGUCGGGACAAACGCAGCAGUUUGCAACAGCAGCCACAUCCACAGGUGCAGUUGGCUCAUCGACAUCAACAGGAACGGGACAACAAAAGUACUCAGUGUUCAAGAACGCCAACGGUAUGACCAUGUUGCAUCUUACCAAGAGCGUACCCACUACAGCUUCUGGCAGCGGCUCUGGGAAUAUGGACUUGUCCAACAUAAUCGAUAUGCCCAUCGUUUUUGCCGACAACGAAGGCAACAUCCCCGAUCAUCAACAGGCGGAUAAGGAUAUUAAGCCAGCCCCCAUUCGAAGUGCCAAUAAGAGCCCGCUGAUCAUCAGUCAGAAAAUCAUAAAGGAGGCUAAUAAACCCACAGGCAUGGUUGGCAGUGGAAGCAUUGGUGGUGUCAGCAAGACGGGAAAUAUUGUGCUUAACAAAGGCCUUCAGCAAUUGCUAACCCCUUCAACCGGCGGAACACUUGCCACUCAGAACAAAGUUGUAUAUCUUAACCGGAGUACAAUUAAACCAAUGGCAAAUAUGGUGCCUGGUGCUCAUCGUGUCCCAAUAAGGAUUGUGAGCAGCCCAAAGACAGGAGGAGCUGUGACGACUACAGCUUCCAGUAGUCCCAUUAUGGUUGAUCCAGCCACAGGAUCUCUGGUUACCAAGACCGUCAAUGUGCAGGCAAUCAAGUCUACUGGUUCUCUUUUGGCUCAAGGCACUAUCCGUCAAGCGGGCAACGUGGGCAGCAAGAGCUACCCCCAGUUCCAGAUGAUCAACACCGCUCCGGGAUCGUCCAAAACUGUUGCUGGAGACGGCAAGGCUUCUGUACGAAAUAUCUACUUUAAAUCCGCAACUGUCCUCAAGCCACUGCAGAUGCUGGGCAAUCGUAUACCGGGUGGCGCCGUUGUUUCGUCAUCCGUUGCAUCAACAUCUUCCGCAGCUUCUGGCGUGCGACGGGUGGUCAACAUUGGGCCCGUUUCCAAGGUGACGGCCACGUCGACAGCACCCUCUUCGACAGCUGCUACUUUUACUCAGAACAAAAUGUAGAGAUGGACAAUGUUUUAAUUUUGUGCCUGUUACAUUUUAGUAAUUUGAUGAUAGCUUUUGUAAAUAUGUUAAGCCAUUAAUUUAAUAAGUGAUUAAGGCGCCUUGAAUUACCCUCUUCCUUUGAUUGCAAGGAUUAUAAUUUCGUUCAAAUAAAGAACAAUGUAAAUCGA